CGCAUGUCAUAGGUAACCAAACAUCCAACAUGAUCACCCAGGUUGAGGGAUUUGACGAUUUCACUUUGGCGUCACCCUGGGAAAGGUUUAUAAAAGAUGUAGAGGAAGUUUGCAGGCAGUGGCAGGCUGCAGGAGCAGCAGUUCUUCAGGCAAGGGGAUCCGAGCAGGUGGAGGACUUGCCCGCGUUACAUGUAGUUCGGCAUGAGCAGCCAUACGGCAUGACCAGCUAUUCGAUCGCCUACUACUUCCCAGUCGCCCAUGCUUCCACUGGAGGGAUGACGUCCCCUGUUCCCGACGACGACUCCAAACAGCGAGCAGGCGGUGUACCAGCUUCUGAUCAGGGAAAUCAGAGAAGUGGUGAUGGAAAUCGGUUGACUCAACGCCCGCCUCCAGAGGGCCCGAACGUCGCUGAAGUCAUCGAAGAUACUGUUGAUGAGUGGGGCACGGAUCUGCACUACUUGCAGCUUUGGUUUGGGGUUAGGGAGUUCUUGGUUGUGGUCCCAAUGAAUGCGAACGAGUGUGCAACGGAUAUGCACGAGGCGAUGAUGUUGCUAAGCUCCAUGGCCAUUGCUCUCUCGAAUUGUGACUGUGGCUCCUGCCUGUGGGUCACAACUUUCGCCUGUGAUACUGCCUUUUACUCGUGGGAUGUGACUCUUCAAUAUGACUUUUCACUAGGAAACUCAGGAGGGAUUAAUCCAGCCAUAUCACUCAGUAUGCGAGCUGCCUACAAACUCAAGCUAAUGGGUUGUAGCAGUGAUGGGGAAUCCCUUCUGUCCAUGGAUGACGAGUUUGCUUACAGUGCAGAGUGGGAGCAGGAUGGCCAGUGGGACUUUGACUGCCCAUGGGCAUAUUGGCAUCCAAUGGAUGACCCAAUCAAAGGACUGGAGCUGACAGUCAUUUGGCGAAAUCUUCAGGCGAACAGCCCAGCCGAUCUGGCUGCAAUGGAGCGGCUUCCUGCUCAGUCUGCAGACGACUGGAUCCUGCGCGUUGUGUUGUACAAAGACACGCUUGAUGCGGAGCUAGAUGAGGAGCCGCUUGGAUUUGCAAGGCAACUUCGCGGGACAGUCUACUCGAUGUAUCAGGCCGAGGGAGUGCAAUUCAUGGAAGACUUUGUUUCAGGUAACACGGCUGACUUGAGGGGCCUGUUAGGAGGCACGGCAGCAUCAUUGGCUGUGCCUCCACCAUCUGUUGUUGGGCGUGUCAUCCGAGACCUAUUCGAUGAAGGAACAUUCAGCAGUUUACCAGGAUCUAAUACACAGCAUCCAUACCAGCUGGUGGCGAAGACUGCUCCACCUGAAUCCUUGUUCUCACGAUUCUGCCUUCAUGCGCUCCGAUUCAGCAACAUCAGGGCUAUUGCAGUGCUAUGGCUCGAUUUCGUGAGGGAGCUGAGGUUUUACUGGGAGGAAGGUGUGCAACUGCCUCGUCUUCCGAGUACUGGGCCUCCUGAUCUGGGCUGCUGUCUUUUGCAUCAGAAGCUGCAAAUGCUUGCUUUAUGCAUAACGAGAAAGAUUGCGGAGGAGGCGCAGCAGUCUUCGAGGAAUACUGAAAGCGUGGAUGCGGUCUUGGAUGAUCGGACUCAAGUACAAAGUCAUGGAUAUCAAGGCUCUCACUCACAGGGCUUGAAAGAGGAGGUGGACAAUGACUUGAUUACAAGGUUGGGAGAUAGGAGAGCUGUCACUGGGAGGAGACCAGCAGAUGGCUGGCAUGACUCUAUGGUGGGCGGGGUAACGAUCAAGGGCCGUAGCAGCAGCAACGGGGGACGAACGGGUCUCCCUGGAGAAGUGGAGUCAAAGACAAAGGAUGGGGGAGGUGGAGCAGGGAUUGAUGGUGAGGGAUGGGAGGUUGAUUUCAAUGUACGUUUGUGCUCCUACCUCUGGCUGAAUGAUAGUGUGCCACCGAGGGAUCUGGAGGAACUGAUUGAGGAGGAGGAACGGAAAAACGGGCCGCGCAGAGCCGUUGGCAAGAGCAAGGAGGAUAGCGACAGCUCAAGUACAAAGUAUGAAAGUUGUUCAGAUGCUGAAAGUCAGUCUGAGGAGAACAGUGGGGUGGUGAUUCGUUCUGCAAUUCAGCGAAAGGGUAAUUCGACUGCGAUAUCUAGGUCGCCCAACUCGACUUCGAUUUCUAGGUCGCCGUCUUCCCGCGGUUCAUCGAGAAGCGGCAGUCCCCCGAGGUUGCGGACCGGGUCUAUCGUGGAGGCAAGACAGAGAGUUGGUGGACUCGGCAAAAAUGAGUGGAAAAGAAGGGGUGCCCUACGUCCAGCUGGAGACCUCAAAUUACGCAAUUUCCCUGUGCAGAUGUAUGUACCCAUUACCCAGGAUCCUCUGCACAUGACAGAAGACAUGCUGAUGGAAAGGGAACAAGCUCUGGCCGCUCUAAGAGACUCUGAGAUGGGGCGAGAUGCAAGGGCAAGACUCGAGUGUGAUGUUCUGGCCUCUGAUAUGUCUGCGUUCAAGGCUGCUAAUCCUGGAGCGGCACUGGAAGAUUUCAUCCGUUGGCAUUCGCCCCGCGAUUGGGUGGAAGAUGAUGGGCAGUGUGAUCAAAGCAGCAGAUCGCCUGACGAUGUGGCAGGAACGAGCGGCCGAGGACAGCCCACGGCCAAACCGAACAGCAAAGCAUUAGCCAUCCGAAGCGCCAAGGAGGAUGUCAGGAGAAAGAAGAGCGGCAAGGUCCACGAAAGAGGACGUGUAAAGGAAGCUGCUGCUGAGGGUGAUGCGAAUCCAACAAGCCGACUCACGAUGUCAGGGAAAUCGCAGUCGAAAGUGGGCGGAAAUGCUCAGCAGCAGCAGCGUAGAGCGCCUUCGUCGGGACGAGUGAAGGGACGACUUUCUAAGAGAAUGCAGGAUAAGAACAAUAUCUGGCACCAGCUCUGGAGAAAGGCAGAGCCUAUUCCUGCUUGUGAGCAGAAACCGCUCUUCGACUACAGGAGAGAAGCAGAGAAGAGCGCUGGCGAGGCGCGCAAAACUCUCACGGAGCUUUGCACGGCCUUCGAGCACGUGGAGGACGGAAUUGUGACGGGUGUGUCUCUCGCACGCAAGUUUAAGAAGAUUCCGCGCAUCUUCCACGCACUGAUGCGAAGGUACUGUGAAGGCCCCGGGUCGAUUUGUGUGAACGUUCGGGGUGGAGUGCCGGGUUCAGCGGGUUUUAGUAAAGGGGGUGGAAAAGUGGGAGGGGGGGGAAGCAAAGGAGGGGCACCGGCCGUGGAAACCGAAAGAGACAUCGUAACGCAAUUAUUCACCGCGAAAGGGGGAGAAGGGCAAGGACCCGCCCGGAAAAUAAAGCGAAAGAAAUGGGGAAAUGAAUGGUGCGCUAAUCUGCUGGAGGGGCUCCCUCCCAGUGCCAGAGAGAUAACCUUGUGGGGGGGGGCACUUGACGGGGGAGUUUUAGAAGGGGGGGAUUUAGAGGGGGUAGCACCAGCCGUUGGCAGAGACGCGAUGGACGGUGGAUUGGGAGAUGGGAUUGGCGUCUGUGACAGAAUGUAUGCUAGACUCACACCGAAAGAUCUUCGUAUUGCCCUUGCUUUGGUCUCAAGAGAGUAGAUGAUGCGUAGUAUUUUUAGUAAGUUUACUAUUUUUAGUAAGUUUUACACGGUGCGACAUGCUUUGUAUGGGUGGGUAACCAACUGUUCUUGCUGAUUUGUACAGAAGUUUCAGGGAAGGUGCUGUAAGUAGGGAUGUGUGCGGUACAUGAGGUGGGUAGAUCUCUCUGCUCUCCCAUUGCAUCUGGGCCCCUAACCACCUACCACCACCACGUCACUAACCACCUCUCCCGGACCUAGACGCCCACUCGUCUGCCUAUCUAUGUGCAAGCCUCUCCGUCUGUCUCUGUCUGUCUGUCUGCCCGUCUGUCUGUCUGUCUCUCACCACCCACCACUACCACGCUGCCAACCACCUCUCCUGUACCUAGUCGCUCACUCGUCUGCCUAUCUC